AUGCCAAGCAAUGAAGACAAUGGCUAUUUGCAAGAAUUGUACUUGGAGAAACUGUUCAGGGUGCUCAUUUCGGCCGCGGAGCGGGCGGGCCCCGGCCGGAUCUGGCCCGGCGGUGUCUCCCGGGAGCCGACCCGGCCGGAGCGCGGGCUGUGCAGCCGGCACUUCUCCCGCUCGCGCCACCUUCUCCGCUGUGGCCGCCCGGACGCAGGCCCCGGCGCUCGCCUUUCCUGGCGCUCAGGAGCCCCGCCCUCGGGCCGCAUCCCCGGGGAGCCGCGGCUUCUUCACGCGCCGCUAGGCCACCCUCUCACCCCCCAACUCGCGUCCUGCCACCGGGUCCCCGCUAGAAAGACCCCUCCAAGCCGCGGGUCCACAGCCUGGCCCGCGCCCGCCCCGGCCUCCGCCCCAGCUCCCCUUCUAGAGCAAACGGGACGGCCCCUGGCGGGCGCGGGUGGCUCGCGGCGGCGGCGGGGCCCAGGGCGCCGCAACGUGCCCACCUGCCGGCGCCUCUCUGUCCCCGCCUCGGCUGAGGGCAUCGCCGGGCUCCUCGACUGUCACCGACCCUGGGUGGUUGCCACGGGCGGGUGGGGGGGGAGAACAGUACGUGUCAGAUUUAGGCCAGGAAGCGGAAGUCGCCCGCAGCGAGAGUUUAACCACUCUGGGCGCGGGGAGCUCCGGCGAUUUAGCGCUGGGGACCAAGGAUCCGUGGAGCGACGAACUGGGGGGCCCCAAGAUACCAGUGAGAAAAAGAGAGAGCACAAGCAGGGGACUCUAUCCUUUUGAAGACAGAGACCUUGGACAAUGAGACAGUAUUUUCAAAACGGACCAUGUGCAUGAGGACUGAAGCCCCAGCUCCCAACCAGCACUGAGGUCCCAGUCAUGUGAUGAAAUCAUCUCAGACCGUUCGACCCCGCCUUAGCUGUCUCUGACAUCAUAUGGAGAAGAAACAAGCCCUCCCCACUAUGCCCUCCCCAAGUUCGAGACCCAGAUAAUGAUGAGCGAUAAAAUGGUUAUUA